AUGAAGACGUGCACGUUCGUGACUGGUAACGCUAACAAGGUUAUCGAGGUAAAUGCUAUCUUGGGAGAGAAAAUAGCGAUAGAGCCGCGUGCAUUUGACCUUCCAGAAAUCCAAGGCACGUUGGAAGAAAUCGCAAUAGACAAAUGUCGACGUGCUGCCAAAAUUGUAGAAGGACCGGUAAUAGUUGAAGAUUCUGCAUUAGAAUUCAAUGCGAUGAACAAGCUUCCGGGCCCUUAUAUAAAGCAAUUUCUCGAGCUCCUCGGAAAUGAUGGCCUCAAUAAACUGUUGCAUUCAUAUACCGAUAAAACGGCAGAAGCCGUGUGCACAUUUGCAUUUACCACAGGGCCUUCUAUCGACCCUAUCACCUUUCAAGGAAGGCUCAAGGGCCAAAUUGUUUCUGCAAGGGGGCCACCCGUGUUUGGCUGGGAGCCAAUAUUUGAGCACGAGGGUGAGACCCUUGCAGAAAUGGCACACGAGAAAAAGAAUGGACUGUCCCAUCGUUAUCAGGCAUUACUGAAAUUCCAAGAGUGGCUGGCAGCUCAAGAGCUCGAUAUUUAG